AUGACGCUCCAGGACUUGAAAUUGAGACUCCAAAAGAAUACAGCCUUCAAAUCAGAAUUGAAGAAUUUUGAUGGGGAUAAGGAAUCUAUGGACGAAUCUGAGAAGACCCAAGCCACUGUAUCCGUGGAAGAAGAGGAAGACAACACGUCUGUGGAACAAGAUCCAGGAAUGGACUCCUCCAACCAUCACCACGAAGAGGUUCCCACCCCGCCAAGUACACCAAGAACUCCAAGAACACCUCGCCGUUCUUCCCUCUCGAGUAUCAACAAAUAUGAAUACAACACAUUUGACGAAGAAGGAGAAGUCCCUCCACCCAGUACACCCCAAACGCCUCGCCGCCAUUCUUCCAUCAGUACUAGUACUAGUAUUGGUACAACGCCACGCCGCUCUUCUCUCAAAGGCAGCAACGGUACUCCCAAAGGAGCCCGCCGCCACUCCUUGACCUUUUCGCGAGAUGUGGUCGUGGCCACCAUUGUACCCACGCCCGAACUAGCCAAAAAGAAGUCUCUCUGGUUCAUGGAAAAGGACUAUGAAAAGAUGCGCAAAAAGAUUUCGCACAUUGCCAAUAAGGCUCAAGAAAAAGGUGGCGCCGGACACAAGUACUGUACCCGAGGAUUGGAGAAUCUCAUUCGCCAAGGCUCCGAGACUCGAAGAUAUGCCGCCUGGGAUGCAGUCUUGGACGAACAAGAGAAUCAAACUUUUCAAGGUGCUGGAAAAGAUGAGGACGCCCUCUCGCAGUCCUAUCGAUCGGCCUGUGAGGAGAGCCGUGCUGAGGCCACAAUUCGAGCCUUACAAGAUGAAAAAGAGGUUGCAGAAUAUCUUUCCGAGACUCGCAACUACUGCCGCCGAAGUUCCAUGUAA